CCGGCGGCCGCUUCCUCAGGACGUCCUGGAGCGCGUGGUGCGGCGGCGGUUGUGCUGCGCUAGUCGUGCUAGAGAGAGUCUGCGGUAAUGUCGUUACGCCUUACUAACUGGAGUGGAAAGUAAAAGGGACCUCUCCUCCUCCACCCCCUUUUCUCCCUCCCUGCCGGGUAGGCGUAAUGGCGGAAGUCGCGGCGACUGGCGCCGGCGGAGAGGCUAUGGCGGCAGUGGCGGCGGGGGAAGGCUCCUCGGGCCCGGUGGGCUUGCCUCUAGGCCGGGGCUUCUCGAGCUACCGGCCCUUCGAGCCCCAGGCGUUGGGUCUCAGCCCGAGCUGGCGGCUCACCGGCUUCUCUGGCAUGAAGGGCUGAGGCUGCAAGGUCCCCCAGGAGACGCUGCUCAAACUCCUGGCGGGACUGACGCGACCGGAGGUGCUGCCCGCGCCGGGCCGGGGCCUGGUCGGAGGCCUUGAAGAGACGGCCCAGGAAGCCGGUCUGCCGGUGAGGGCGGAGCCCAGCCCUCCCUUCCCCAUCCUGGGCAUUGGGAUGGACUCCUGCGUCAUACCCCUGAGACACGGGGGCCUGUCCUUGGUGCAGACCACCGACUUCUUUUACCCCCUGGUGGAAGAUCCCUAUAUGAUGGGGCGCAUCGCAUGUGCCAACGUGCUGAGUGACCUCUACGCGAUGGGCAUUACUGAGUGUGAUAACAUGUUAAUGCUACUCAGCGUCAGCCAGAGUAUGCCUGAGGAGGAGCGAGAAAAGGUAACACCACUCAUGAUCAAAGGCUUUCGGGAUGCUGCCGAGGAAGGAGGGACUGCAGUGACUGGUGGGCAAACGGUGGUAAACCCUUGGAUUAUCAUCGGUGGAGUUGCCACUGUAGUAUGUCAACCAAAUGAAUUCAUCUUGCCCGACAGCGCCGUUGUUGGGGAUGUGCUCGUGUUAACUAAACCCUUAGGAACCCAGGUUGCCGUCAAUGCCCACCAAUGGCUGGAUAAUCCUGAACGAUGGAAUAAGAUAAAGAUGGUGGUCUCCAGAGAAGAGGUAGAGCUGGGUUAUCAGGAAGCCAUGUUCAACAUGGCUACCCUCAAUAGAAUUGCUGCCGGGCUGAUGCACACGUUUAAUGCCCACGCAGCCACAGAUAUCACUGGCUUUGGCAUUCUGGGUCACUCUCAGAACCUUGCAAAACAACAAAGAAAUGAGGUCUCCUUUGUCAUUCAUAAUCUGCCCAUCAUUGCCAAGAUGGCUGCCAUCAGCAAGGCCAGCGGGCGCUUCGGUCUCCUGCAAGGAACCUCAGCAGAAACUUCUGGGGGGCUACUGAUUUGUCUGCCAAGAGAACAAGCAGCUCGCUUUUGUUCAGAAAUCAAAUCUUCAAAGUAUGGAGAGGGUCAUCAAGCCUGGAUCGUUGGUAUUGUGGAAAAGGGAAACCGGACAGCCCGGAUCAUUGACAAGCCUCGCGUUAUUGAGGUCCUACCUCGUGGGGCCACUGCUACUCUUGCUCCUGAGAACUCCAGUGCCUCCUCUGAGCCUAGCUUGUGAGAUGGAAUAGCAGAAGUUGUUCGAACUGUACAGCCUUUGUACACAAGCAUGGAGCAAUCGCCAGAGUUGAUUUUAGGAAGAAAUUUCCAAAGAAGGCUGCCUGCAUAGUAGUUCCAGAUGCUCUUCCUAGGUAAUUUGAGUCAGCCCAUCAAAAGCUGCACAUUCCAAGGCCAGAAGUAACAUUUUGGACUUCCGGGGGGUCGAGGGUAUAUAUUUGGUCAUCUCUUGAGUGGAAAAAGCAGAAAACCCCCCCGUUUCCUCUUUCCAAGAGCAAGAGGAGAUUACUCAGGUUUGAGAUAGUUUUCUUGGCACGGGGUUAAUUGAUUUCUGUACAGGGAGUGAGAUUAUUUACUAAAAUUACACCAAAAAUGCAAAAUGAAAAAGACUUAGAUCAGAAAUAAGUUUGGACCAAUACUGUUGAUAAAUUGAAAUUGUUAUGAGAGAUUUAAAUGCAAUGUCAAAUUCUUAUUAGAUUACUCUGAAACACUGGCUCUUUCCUACUCCGGACAAGAAUUGAGCAGCUUGUCCAAUGACUGGGAAAGGAGGACCUCCAACCACCUUACUUGGUCUCUGUUAAUGAUGUCUCUCUCUAAACCCCUUUAAGGACUGGGAGAGGCAGACCAAACCCCAGAGCCCAGGUCUUGGUGGACAUUAAGAUGUUAAAUCUUGUGUUGAAAAUUCCUGGUGAUUUCAUCAAUAAAGCAAUUU